UUUUUUUUAUUCCCAGGACUACGCAGCGGCAGAAUAGUAAUAACAAAUCCUCCUCCUCCUCCUCCUCUUCAUCCUCCUCUUCCUCCUCGGCUGGAAAGGGGGGAGAGAGCAAAGAAAACGGGCUGCGAUCAUAAUAAAGACGUCACCCUCCUGCUCGUCGGGGUUGGCUCGAGCCAAGUGCGCAGCUAUUUGUAAGCUACACUACAACAACAAGCCUCCGGGCAGCGCAGCACCAUGUCCCCGGAUAACGUGCUGGUUCCUGCGAGACCUCCUCCUCGUCGUCGUCGUCGUCGCGCGGAGACCGAAUCUGCGUCAGAUCCAUAGUCAAAGAGAAGAACGAUUCUUUUCUUUCUUUUCUUUUUUUUUUAAAUAGCUCCAGAUCUCUCCAUUGAGAGAAAAAGAAAAAAAAACACAGAAAGAGAGAGAGGGAGAGACUUGGUUCGUGGCUGCAGCCUCUUGACGCAAGACGCGGAUUUGAAGAGUCAUGGAGGACACAGCUGCUGCAGACCCUGGUACCCCCGGUACAGGUGCUGCCCCACCAACCCCGAGACCUCAGCCUCCCUCCUUCGCCGCCUCCCGCGGCCUGCUGGAGUGGAGGCGUAGGGUCAAGUCGGAGUACAUGCGCCUUCGCCAAUUAAAACGCCUUCGAAAAGCCGAGGAUGUCAAGAACCUGUUCAUGUCCAACAGACAGAAGAUCGAGCAGCAGACGAACGUCCUGAACGCCGAGUGGUCCAAGCUCAGGAUUCAGUCCACGCCUCUGUCAACUUCUGGUGGAGCUGUGGCUGGCAAAAAGAUGUGUACGGUGGAGUUUGGCUUCCCAGGAUUCAAGGCUCAAGCCAUUGCCAUGAGACCACUGUCAACGGUGGCAGGAAUCCCCUUCAUGUACUCCUGGUCGCCUCUGCAGCACAACUUCAUGGUGGAGGAUGAGACGUUCCUUCACAACAUCCCCUACAUGGGCGACGAGGUGCUGGAACAGGACGAGGCCUUCCUGGAGGAACUCAUUGACAACUACGACGGUGUCCACGGCGACAGAGAGGGAGGUUUCAUCAAUGACGAGAUCUUUAAAGAGCUGGUGGAGGCCUUGAACCAGUACUCCGACCACGAGGAGGAGGAGGAGGAGGUGGUGGCGGCGGCGGUGGCGGCGGAGCCGGCGGGGAGGAAGGAGGAGGAGAGAGUGAUGAGGAGCAGCGCAGCGGAGGGCUCGGAGGAGACCAAGGCGGGGACCGUGGCGUUCAUCAGGAGGAAGAGGAGGAGCACGACGGAGGUGAGGGACCUGUGCAGCAGCAGCAGCAGCGGCGGCAGCAAGAAGAUCCCCAGCGAUAAGAUAUUUACAGCCAUCGCCUCUAUGUUCCCCUACAAGGGCACCACGGAGGAGCUGAAAGAAAAGUAUAAGGACCUCCUCGAGCCCCCCAGCCCAGUGAAGCUGCCCCCACUCUGCACACCCAACCUGGACGGACCCUUUGCCAAGUCUGUGCAGCGGGAGCAGUCUCUGCACUCCUUCCACACUCUCUUCUGCAGGCGAUGCUUCAAAUACGACUGCUUCCUGCACCCUUUUCAUGCUACACCCAAUGUUUACAAGAGGAAGAGUAAGGAGAUCCGCAUGGAGACUGAGCCCUGCGGUGUAGAUUGCUUUCUGUUACAGAAAGGGGCGAAGGAAUUUGUGGAUCAGAACAUGUUACGGUCACAGAGGUCUCGCAGGCGACGGAGGCAACAGCGCCCCACCAGUUCCAGCUGUCCCGGACCCUCCGGCCCUGCCGAGGACGGCAAAGAUGAGGACAGCGACCACGAGACCACCUCCUCCUCAGAGGGGAAUUCACGGUCCCAGACUCCCACCAAACCACGUCCAGGGGAUGACGGCGAGCAGCAGGCGUGCUGUGUGGUCCAGUGGAGUGGGGCGGAGGAGUCGCUGUUCAGGGUCCUUCACGGCACAUAUUUCAACAACUUCUGCUCCAUCGCGCGCCUCAUCGGUACCAAGAACUGCAAGGAGGUGUACGACUUUGCAGUGAAGGAGGCCCUGAUCCAUCGUCUUCCUCUGGAGGAUGGAGGCAUCUCACCCCAAAAGAAGAAAAGGAAACACAGGUUAUGGGCAAAGAUCCAGCUAAAGAAAGAUAACUCAUCCAAUCAGGUGUACAACUACCAACCAUGUGACCACCCCGACCACCCGUGCGACAGCUCCUGCCCGUGUGUGAUGACCCAGAAUUUCUGCGAGAAGUUCUGUCAGUGCGAGCACGAGUGCCAGAACCGCUUCCCAGGCUGCAGGUGUAAGACUCAGUGCAACACUAAACAGUGCCCCUGCUACCUGGCCGUGAGGGAGUGUGACCCCGAUCUGUGCAUGACCUGCGGCGCCACGGACCACUGGGACAGCAAAAUGGUCUCCUGCAAAAACUGCAGCAUCCAGAGAGGCAUAAAAAAGCACUUGCUCCUGGCUCCGUCAGACAUCGCCGGGUGGGGCACCUUCAUCAAAGAGCCUGUUCAGAAGAACGAAUUCAUCUCAGAAUAUUGCGGAGAGCUGAUCUCUCAAGAUGAGGCAGACCGACGUGGCAGGAUCUACGACAAAUACAUGUCCAGCUUUCUUUUCAACUUGAACAAUGACUUUGUUGUUGAUGCCACGCGAAAGGGGAACAAAAUCCGCUUUGCAAAUCAUUCAGUUAAUCCCAACUGCUACGCAAAAGUGUCACGUGUAGCGACGAACGGUCUCUGUCCCUGUCCUCUCCGCUGCACUUCCAACAAUAGAACGGCCGUCGUACCUGCAGGUUCGCAGGCGCUCCGGCUCUGCAGACUCCAGCACCGCCUCCCUCACGUGACAGCCGCCAGCUCUCCCUCCUCAUCUGUCCAAACCUGCAAGACUGUAUACGACAAGCUUACGAAACUAAACUAUUUAAGACGCUAUUAAUCCACAUUGCUCGCUUUUGCCCUUUUUUUUGUUUUUUGUUUUGUUACAUCUUGUCAAAAGCAGAGAGGCUGCGAUCGCCCAUCGCACACUGUGUUAUUCUCUCUGCCAGUUUUGUUGCUGUGCCCGUAGACCGGCUUUCGUUUGCCCUCUCAACGCGUAACGCAAGCUUCUACUUCGUACCCUAAUGGUGAUCAAUGAAAUGCAUGUGCCGUCUCUUGGAUAAACAAAACCAUUAAACGCGCGAGCCGCAGCAUUAGCUUCAGUCAGACGCAGUCACUCUGCAUCGUAGCGUGAUGUCACCCUCUUCAGAAGAACUUGACUGGGUGUGUUUCCUCUGUGAACCUCGUCAGUGGCGAGCCUCACCACCACCACCAUCACCAUCACCACAGCUCUAUGGUAAAAAUAAAACUUAUUGUGCAUUUAUAUCAUUGUUCUGCAAAAAAAAAGAAGAAAAAAAAAGGCAACCAGACGAGAAACCGACUGACUGAAUGUAACCGGUAGACGAUGGUGAAGAGAUCUCAUCCCUCUUUUCAUUUCACACAUUGACCCUGUUCCGUAUUGGUACCCUAAAGCGACAUGCGUGCACAUCAAACAUUUAGCAUCAUGUUUACAUGAUCCCGAAAAGCCUUCACACUUUGUGAGGCAACUAUUUAACAAAUGACUGAGUCGCACAGAGUAAAUGUCUUCCUUUUCAAAAAAAAAAAA